AGUCAGUCAGCAGUCCGGAGACACUACUUCUGAAAAUGGGACUAAGGGACGAACUCCUCAAGGCAAUAUGGCACGCAUUCACAGCCCUGGAUGUGGAUAAAAGUGGGAAAGUGUCGAAGUCACAGUUGAAGGUGCUUUCCCAUAAUCUCUGCACUGUGAUGAAGAUCCCUCAUGAUCCUGUAGCUCUGGAGGUACACUUUAGAGAUGAUGAUGAAGGUCCUGUUUCCAAUCAGGGAUACAUGCCCUACCUGAACCGGUUUAUUCUGGACAAGGUCCAGGACAACUUUGACAGAAUCGACUUUAACAGGAUGUGCUGGACUUUGUGUGCAAGAAAAAACCUCAACAGAAAUCACAUACUUAUCUCAGAUGAUGAUGCUUUUAAGAUCUGGUGCAUUUUCAACUUCCUGUCUGAGGAAAAAUAUCCCUUGGUCAUGGUCACAGAAGAGAUAGAGUACUUCCUUCGGAAGCUAACAGAAGCCAUGGGCGGCAUCUGGAUUGAAGAAAAGUUUGAAGAAUACAAGAGUCAGCUGAGCAGCAAGCAGCAAUGCUUGAGUGUGUGGGAGGUGAUUGAACUGGUGGGCAUGGGUCACUUUAGUAAGGGCAUGGACCACCAGACCCUCUCCAUGGGCAUCAAUGAAGUGUUCCAGGAACUUAUUCUGGAUGUACUCAAACAGGGUUACAUGAUGAAAAAGGGCCACAAAAGGAAGAACUGGACAGAACGAUGGUUCCUUUUGAAACCCAGCUCAAUUUCAUACUAUGUCAGUGAAGAUCUUACAGAAAAGAAAGGGGACAUACUACUGGAUGGAAACUGUUGUGUUGAGUCAUUACCAGAUAAGGAGGGUAAAAAGUGCCUUUUCUACAUCAAGUGUUCUGACAAAAGCUAUGAGAUCAGUGUCUCGGAUAAGAAGAAAAAACAAGAGUGGAUUCAAGCUAUUCAGACGUGUAUCACAUUGCUGAAGGUUGGGCGUCCGGCUCCACACCACGAGGCACGACAGAAACGUCGAGAGUUGCAACAAAAACAACAGGCUGAGCAGGCAGAACUUGAGCUAAGGAUGAGAGAACUGCAGACAGCCAAUGAGAACAAACAGAGAGAGCUGGAGGCCUUGCGGAAGAAACUGGAGGAGGCCGCAGCCAACGCAGCAGAAGAGGAACGCAGACGUCUGCAGACACAGAACGAGCUGCAGGAUAUCUACAGGGUGGAAAUGGAGAAAGAGAAAAUGGUGCGGCUGCAAAUGGAAGAACAGGUGGCUCAAAAGUCCACUGAGUUAGAGCAGUACCUGCAGCGCGUGCGUGAGCUGGAGAAUAUGUACCACCGCUUAGAGGAUGCACUGGAGGAGGAAAGACAGGCCAGGCAGGAUGAGGAAACUGUCAGAAAGCUACAGGCCAGGCUGUUGGAGGAGGAGGUAACUAAACGUGGAGAGCUGGAGCAGAUACACCUGAAUCAGCAGCAGACCAUUUCUCAGACGCAGGCCGAGAAAAUGGAACUGGAACGAGAACAGCUGGCUAAGGAGAGUGCCCUGCAGGCUGCCAUGCAACAGCUGCAGCAGCUGGAGUCUGACAGGCAGGGUGCACUGGAGCAAUAUGAGGAGGUGAUGAAAAAACUAGCAGAUGCUGCCAACAAUACAAAGAGCUGGAAGGACAAGGUGGCCCACCAUGAGGGACUCAUCCGGAUCAUUCAGCCAGGCCCCAAGUACCCACAGAAAAUCACAAAUUGGGGACCUGCAUCAUUCACAGACACAGAACUGAGUCUGAGAGAGAAAGACUGGCAGGAAAAGAAAAACAGGCCUGCUAACACCCAAUAGUGCAUUAGAGUUCUCUCAUUGAUACAAUACUGUUAAGGUUUCUGUAGAUAGAGUGUAUACACUGCCUCUGUGGGGUUAGUCUUUGACCACACUAAAUGGAAACUGUAGGACGGCCUGCAUGACAUUACAUAGGGUAAGGUUUAUUCUCCUGCCAUUCCAAUCUAUACUGUAACAUUCAAGUGUCAUUUUGCUACAGCUUUGAAGUGAUUUUAUAAAUAUAUAAUA